AAUCUUGUUUCCCCGCCUCCAAGGGCUCGGCUGCACCUCUCCUGAGGCUGCGCGGCGCAUUCGGCUCUGGAACCCUUCCCAAACAGGAGGCAGCCGGCCUCCCUACGAGCUCAGGCCGCCGCCGCCACUGGGGGCUCCGAAGGAAGGAAGGGGCGAGCGGUGACGGCAGCAGCUGCGGCUGCGCAGGGCGCUCGUCACGGCCUCGGCUGGACUGGCGGCUGGAGGAGGAGGAGGAGGAAGGCGAAGGAGGCUGGCGGGCGCCUGCUGUCCUCCCCGCCUCGGGGGUCGUGGCGCAGGCGAAGCCCUUGGGAGAGGCAGCGGCUUGGGGACUUGUCACGGGGCUCCCGCGCCAUCCGGCUUGGCGGGCCGGCCCGGGAGGCGGCGGCGGCGGCGGCGGCGGGAGCGGCAGGAGCCUCGGGGCUCCCCAGCGGGGCUGGCGGCGUGAAUGAAAGUUUGGUCCGAAUUCCGCGCCGGGGACUCUAAUCGUCAUGUUAAGAUAAAGCAGAAAGGUGCCGUGCUGAACAUGCUAAAAAAGUUAGACAAAAUAAGGUUCAGAGGUCACAAGAGAGAUGAGUUCCUUGAUAUAGCAGAGUCUCCCAAUGCUUCAGACACUGAGUGCGGAGAUGACGUCCCUAUGAAAAUACCUCGUACAUCAGGAAAAGACAGUGAUGAACUGAGAGACCCUGCUGGUCCUGGGACCAUCAACAUGGCUUCAGGGGUCCAGGAUUAUAAUCGGACAGAAUCUGAUAGAUUAAAUGAAAUCAAAGGCCAUCUGGAAAUUGCCUUGCUGGAAAAACAUUUUUUGCAGGAGGAGCUCAGGAAGCUUAGAGAAGAAACAAAUGCUGAAACAUUGAAACAAGAACUAGAAAAAGAACGUCAGAGGAGGAUAGAACUGGAACAAAAAGUCAAUGAAAUACUCAAAACAAGAACAGAAGACCCACCUCCUGCUCCGCUUCCUGUGAAAGCACAGACACAAGCCAAUGGAACAGAUAAACGUAGCAACAUGAUGUGUUCAAGAGUUCAGAAAUGGGUUUAUGACAGAUUUGGGGAAUACAUCGAAGACUUCAGAUUUCAGCCAGAAGAAAACACCAUAGAAACAGAAGAGCCACUUAGUGCUAGAAGACUUACUGAAAAUAUGAGACGAUUAAAGAGAGGUGCCAAACCUGUUACGAAUUUUGUGAAGAAUCUUUCUGCCUUAUCAGACUGGUAUUCUAUCUACACUUCUGCUAUUGCCUUUAUUAUCUACAUGAAUGCUGUAUGGCAUGGCUGGGCCAUUCCUAUGUUCUUAUUUUUAGCAAUUUUGAGGUUAUCCCUAAAUUACCUUAUAGCCAGGGGGUGGAGAAUACAGUGGAGUAUUGUGCCUGAAGUUUCUGAACCUAUUGAACCUCCAAAGGAAGACCUUACAGUGUCAGAAAAGUUCCAGCUUGUUCUGGAUGUGGCACAAAAAGCACAGAAUCUGUUUGGCAAGAUGUCAGACAUAUUGGAAAAAAUUAAAAACUUGUUUAUGUGGGUCCAGCCGGACACAACCCAGAAGCUGUAUAUAGCCCUGUGGGCGGCUUUUAUUGCAUCCUGCUGCAUUCCAUACAGGAUUAUUGGGCUUGCAAUGGGACUUUAUGCAGGAAUCAAAUUUUUUCUUAUUGAUUUCGUCUUCAAGCGAUGCCCAAGAUUGCGAGCGAAGUAUGAUACACCUUAUAUCAUUUGGAUAAAUUUGCCCACAGAUCCUCAGCUCAAAGAGAGGACUAAUGCAACAGUUUCAAGAAGGUACAAAGUCCUUUCGGUUCUCCCAGGAUCUGGGAUGGGUAUUGCAGUCUCAACACCAUCUACACAGAAACCUUUAGUGUUUGGUGCCAUGGUACACAGAGAUGAAGCUUUUGAGACCAUUUUCAGCCAGUAUAUGAAGAUAACUUCAGCAGCAUCCUCCAGCGAAAGCUAGUACAUCACGAUGGCUGGUUCUUCUAGGGGACUUCCUUUUUUAAAAUUUGGUUUACUCUCUUGGUUGUGGGAGAAAAGGUGGAACACCCUUCAUCAGUUCUGCAAUAAUUUCCUUCAUUGCACAUACCUUGCAUUACAUAAACAUAUUUUAUAUAUGCCUUCAUGUUUUUGUUUUUUAAAGCUUUUGUAAAAAAAAAACAAAAAAGGAAAAAAGAAAGUGCUAUCAUCACUUUUCGCCUUGCACAUUAAGCACUUUUAAUGUUUAUUUACUGGCAUUUAGAAAAAUUAUAGGAAGGUAUUUGGCACAAUUAGUGGAGGGUAGACCGAGGGAAAUGCCUUUCCCAGCCCUAGAAUCCCAGGAUAUGGUUGUACAUUCUGUUCUUCCUCUGCUGGCAGUCCUGCACUCAGCUGUAUAUGUACAAGUCCAGUUGUGGAAUUCAUAUAUGCACAAUUGGAUACAGGAUUACAGUCAGACAUUGUAAAACAAGUUAAUGUGCUUUUGAAGGUCACUCUUUUGCUGAACUAAUCAAUAGAUAAAUAUUAGUUGAAGGUAUGAAUAUCAGUAGUUGUGCUUCAGACAAACUUUCUUACCAGCUACUGUACCUUUUCAAUUGGACAAGGCAAAGCUGUUGUCCUUCCUGCUGGCUGGGUUUCUGGCAUGGCAAAUUAUGUGGUAUUUCUGAGGGAAAAGCUUGAAAUCUUGCAUUUGGUAAUCUUCUGGCCGUUAGAUAUGUCAGGCCAGUGGUAUUUCUGGAAUAUUUAAGAGCACUUCUUGGCGGAAGUUUUGUGAAAAGGAAUUACUCCUUAGCAGAGAGCAGGGUAUGUUCCUUCCCCUCCUUCCCCACCCUGGGUACCCAUAAUAAAGGCACUUUGCUAAUGUAAUAAAUGUUGUUCCUGUUUCAAUGGGGAACAUCAUUUGGGGCAGAUUUAAUUGUGGAUCUUUAUUUUAAGGACCUUUUUAGAUAAUACAGAACAGUAUGACUCCUCUGUCUUCACAGGUUUGCUGAAAUUGGGUUUUCUUCCUUUAAAUUCAGCAGUGCAAAUAUUUUAAAGUCAUGAAAACUUGUGUUCUAUGUAGUAAGGGCUCACCUUGAGAGUCUCAACUGCCAAGACUCAUAAUUCAUAAUCAGACCUUCCCAGCAUUUUUAAAAGACAGAGAGCAGAUUUAUGGGACCAUGGUUUUGGACUGAGGCUCUGAUAUAGGGAGAAGAAGAGGUUUAACUCUUCUAACCUGUGUGGGUUUACCAAUGAAAACAUACAAACACAACCCACAGUGCUUUUAGGCAGCAGAAGAGCAGUGUGUGUGUGUGUGUGAGAGAGAGAGAGCGAGAGAGAGAGAGGCCUCUCAGCCACAAAAGAAGAUGCAGAGACCCAAAAGCAUGGAUCUGUGUAUAGUGUAGGUGUGAAUAAAAGGAUGAGUGGACAAAAGGUGGACAGGAAGGAAGGAGAAGAAGGGGAAGCCCCCCUAACCCUCCUAACCUGACACCCUAACAAGGACUUAAGAACGUAAAGGGAAAGCAUGGAUGUUGCAUCUAUGCAAAAUGGAUGUAUAUGUGUGUGUGUGAAGGGAACAAACACAAGAGAGAAAAAGGGUGCAAAAAGGGAGGGACACUAACCCUACAAACUAAACCCUAACCCUUUUCCUUUCCUUUUUGUCCCCCCCCCCCCCCCCGUUUAGAGCUCAAUACAGCCAUAUUGAGUAGUAGUUUUGAUUAGUGAAUUAAAGUGGAAGCUGGAUGGUUAAACAUUUGUUCCCUUGCUCUGGGGUCUUGAUCCAAACUGGAAUUUCCCCCUGAAAAACAUGCUUGGAAGAUCUGAUCAUGAAAUUCUCAGCAUUGCACCUAAUCAGGCCUCUUGAGUUCAGGUUUCUAUGUCAAACUAUCACUACUGGAAUGUCCAUGUUUAUUUCUCCCUCUUCUUUCUUAUUUUCAUGACGUGCCUGAUACACAGACAUGUCAGUUUCUUUUGCUUGUUACUGGAGCUUCUUGCCACCGUUCACUCUUCUUCCUUCUGUAACAAACUUUAUAUGUGGAAGUCGUGAAUCAAGAAAUCAUAAUCCAGCCAAUGUGUUACCUUUCAGUGUGUAAAAUGGAGCCUCAACAGCCUUUUUUUUUUUAAAUGACAACUUUGGGAAGUGAAGUAGUAGGAGAGCAUAAAUCUUUCUCACUGCCAUUUUGCCAUUGCAGUUCACUCACUUCCAGUUUACCUCUUGGGUGGGGGCUUGAUUUUGCUUGCUAAGAUGAACAUGCUACUGGAUGUUACAAGGAAGAUAAGUGUUGGAAAUGAAAUGAAGAGGAGACAUAAAAAUUAGGGAAAAGAUUGACCAUUUCCCCACUCUAAAUGGCCCUUUCCCCAAAUAAGUACUUCAUUAAAAAAAUACGUAAUGUCUAGUUAAACAUCCAUUUUACCUUGUCAGAAGAAUUCAGAUUCAGAAAAAUUAGUUUCUGGAUACUUUUGGUUCCUACUUGUGCCCGACAUUGUUUAUGUUUUUGAAUGCAUAAAGGAUAAAGUAAUCUUGAAAAAAAAAAGGUAGAUUUUCAUGUCCUAAGAGAAUCAAACAUGAUUGAUCAAUUCUGAAUUGUUCAUCACAAUCUACAACUUUGGUAAAACACAACUAUAUUAAUGAAACAAGUUCCCUCAGUAGCAAAAGUAUUAUGUUUCUGUAACCUAGGCAAUACAACUUAUUUUAAAAAAAUAAUUGGACCUUUGAUUUAUAUACAUUUUCAAAUAAAGUGGGUGAAAGUAUGAGGGACAGUGGUAAAUAAGCUUGAUUCCAUCUUUUAAAAAAGGUUUGUUGAACAUCAACCCAGCAGAUAAACAGAGUAGUACAUUGUGGAUAAAUAAGCAUUGAUUAACUUAAUGCCCUUGAUAUAACACAAAUCAGAAUCAUUAUGCAUUGAGUUUGGUUUGUUUUUGGAGUUUGUUUUGGAGGGGGAUAGAUCCUUUGGGUGUUCAUGAGAUUCUCUCUUUUUGAAAAACAGAUUAUAUUUUUUACAAAAUGAACAGUUUUUUUCUUAUUUUUGUAUCAUUUUUUCAAAUGUAAUUUUUACUGUCACUUAGAUCAUAAGAAUACUGGUUCUGGUGUAAAUCAGGUAACAGCACAUAUUACCUCCUCCCUUAGCAGCCAACUGAAGUAUUGUUCUAGAAUGUUGUUCCUUGAAAUCCUUUCCAGCUCUGACAUGAUGGCAAUGCCACAACACCUAAUCACUUGUAUUUUCAGAAGGGGAAUAAUAACACUAAGGAGAAGGUUCUGGAAUACAUAGUAGGUUUAAUUCUCCCUCCCCUCUUUGAUAUUUCCAAUACAGGUUUGUUUGGAAUAAUCUGCACUCUUAACAAUGCAAAUAUGAAAUCAGAAUUGUUCAUGUAAUAAAUGUUUUGCAAACUGUAAUGCAGUGAUGGUUUAUUCAGUAUCAAGGAACUGAGCAGGAUCUUUAAAGUGGAAGUGAUGCAUAUGACUGCACAUUUUUUUGCAAAGUUCAAAUUUAUGUUGUGCAAAAAACUGCUGUAAAAGUAGUUUCUGCUGUGUGAUAUGCCCUUAAUUCUACUGCUCCAAAAAUAGCUUGAGGACCUCUGUUUUUUCUUUCCUAUAUCUUGAAAUAUUUUAACAUUUGUCAUCUUAUUCUGUGUUUCUAUAACCAUUCUUCUGUAGUCUGAAUUCAUCUCCUAUCACGGAAUUUGCAGUAUGGUGCUACUGAAUGUAAAUUCAGUAGUUCUACUUAAUUGUGAAGUGUUAUUUUCCACAGCAUUUUUAUUUUUAAAAACUCCCAGUUCAUUCAUAUAUUUGUUGUGUAUAUGUAUUAUUCUUAUUACACCUGUGGCUUAUUGGUGAAUUCUUUGUAUUUAAUUCAAUAACUUCUUUACUGGAAGUGAAGUGGUCAAGUUUGAGAUCCUUUCUCAGCAACGAAGGAAGAUGAAAACUGAUCACAUAUAAUGGUUUCCCCUUUAAAUUUCCAGAAACAGAAGUUAUGUUUUAUGUAAGUACCCCUUUACUUUUGUGAGGCAAGAUUCGAUUAUUGGUGAGUAACGUAGCAACGUCAUACAUGCACAAAGCCAGUUCAUGAUUUCUGCAGACCAAAGCUGUGCAGAAGAUGGAAAUAUAACUAACUAUUGCAAACCUUUAAGCAAACAAACCUGGUAGUUUAUAACGAAGGAUGUACAUUUUUGGCAGAUGUUUGAUUUCUGCUACUAAUCACUAAUGGAUGUGAAAUAAUUUUUAUGUCUGAAGUUUGAGUCUAUAUUUUGAAGUUGUAAAUAGUUCAUUAGAAAUGUAACUUUUGUUCAUCAAGAGACUUGUACUGUAUGAAAAAAAUUUGCCCUGUACAUUUUUUAAGAGAAUCUUGUUUGUUUAAAAAAAUUGUGGGAAGGGGUCUUGGUAUAAAUUAUAAUUUUUAUUUAAAUAAAUUCUAAAAAUGCUUCAUGCUA